CACACAAAAGAGCACACACACACACACAAAAGAGCACACACACACACACAAAAGAGCACACACACACAAACAAAAGAGCACACACCCACACACACACACAAAAGAGCACACACCCACACACAUGCACACACAUACACACACUCACAAACACAAGCACACACAUACACACUCACAAACACACACAAAAGAGCACACACCCACAGACACACACACAAAAGAGCACACACACACACAAGAGCACACACACACACACACAAAAGAGCACACACACACAAAAGAGCACACACACACACACACAAAAGAGCACACACACACACAAAAGAGCACACACACACAAAAGAGCACACACACACACACACAAAAGAGCACACACACACACAAAAGAGCACACACACAAAAGAGCACACACACACACACACACAAAAGAGCACACACACACACAAACAAAAGAGCACACACCCACACACACACAAACAAGAGCGCACCCACACAAACAAAAGAGCACACACCCACACACACACACACACAAAAGAGCACACACCCACACACAUGCACACACAUACACACACUCACAAACACAAGCACACACAUACACACACUCACAAACACAAGCACACACACACACACACACUCACAAACACAACACACACACACACACACGCAUAUACACUCACACACAAACACAAGCACACACAUACACACUCACACACACACACACACACACACACACGCAUAUACACUCACACACAAACACAAGCACACACAUACACACUCACACACAAACACAAGCACACACAUACACACUCACACACAAACACAAGCACACACAUACACACUCACAAACACAACACACACACGCAUAUACACUCACACACAAACACAAGCACACACAUACACACUCACACACAAACACAAGCACACACAUACACACUCACAAACACAACACACACACACACGCAUAUACACUCACACACAAACACAAGCACACACAUACACACUCACACACAAACACAAGCACACACAUACACACUCACAAACACAACACACACACACACGCAUAUACACUCACACACAAACACAAGCACACACAUACACACUCACAAACACAACACACACACACACGCAUAUACACUCACACACAAACACAAGCACACACACACACACACACACACACAUAUACACUCACACACAAACACAAGCACACACCCCCCCCCCCCCUUUUGGUCUCAGGCUUUUAAACUGUGUCUUGACUACAGGAAGUUCCAGCAAUCUGUAAAUUCUGAUGUGUACAGACCAUAAUUCCCAACAACAGGACGACAGCAGAAAUGUGUCCUCAGUUCAACUCUGAACGCACACACACAGCUGUUCAGAUACUGAGGUUCCCAGAGAAAAACACAAACUACGUCUGUAAAGAGGGAAAAUAUCGGACUGCUCACGGCCUUAAAAUGCUUUCGAGGUGCCGGGAAUGUGCUGCAUGUUCACACAGCAGAGUGUCAUCUCAACCGUUCCCCUCGUUAAACCAAUCGCUCAAAUCAGUGUAACGGGAAAAAAUAGACACGGGUAGAGUUUGAGGUUUCACUCACGGCUGCCACAUGCAGCUCAGGACGCUGGUGUGUAAUUACUGCCGUCAUCACCACAAGAUCAAUGAUGGAAAGACUGAAGAACUCUGCAGGAAUACCAGCAUCUCCUUCACUCCGGAGAGUCCGGUGGAACCCGACGUGGUGUUCUGUUGCAGCCCAUUCGCCUCAAGGUUCGACGUGUUGUGCAUUCGGAGAUGCUAUUCUGCUCAGCACAAUUGUACAGAGGGGUUAUCCGAGUUACCGUGGCCUUUAUCAGCUCGAACCGGUCUGGGCUACAUUCCCAAAACCAUCAUAGGCCCAAGUAGAUCGUAGAAACCAUCAGGACCAAUGAACUCUCAUGAUGUCAUCUAUUUUGUGAAGUGCACCAGUCCCUCCUGCAGCAAAGCACCCCCACAACAUGAUGCUGCACCUCCAUGCUUCAUGGUUGGGAUGCUGUUCUUCGGCUGGCAAGCCUCACACUUUUCCCUCCAAACAUAACGAUGGUCAUUAUGGCUAAGAAGUCAGAUCUUUGUCCCCAUGUGCACUUGCAAACUGUAGUCUGGCUUAGUUAUGGUGGUUUUGGAGCAGCGGCUUCUUCCUUGCUGAGCACCUUUCAGGUGAUGUCCAUAUAGGACUGGUUUUGCUGUGGAUCUAGAUACUCGUCCACCUGUUUCCUCCAGCAUCUUCACAAGGUCCUUUGCUGUUGUUCUGGGAUUGAUUUGCACUUUUCACACAAACUACGUUCAUCUCUAGGAGACAGAAUGCGUCUCCUUCCUGAGCGGUGUGAUGACUGUGUGGUCACAUGGUGUUUAUACUUGUGUACUAUUGUUUGUACAGAUGAAUGUGGCGCCUUCAGGGGUUUGGAAAUUGCUCCCAAGGAUGAUCCAGACUUGUGGAGGUCCACAAUGUUUUUCUGAGGUCUUGACUGAUUUAUUUAGAUUUUCCCAUGAUGUCAAGCAAAGUCUCACUGAGUUUAAAAUACAUCCACAGGCACACCUUCAAUUCAGUACACCUCCUAUCAGAUGCUAACUGGCUAAUUGUCUAAAGGCUUGACAUCUGGAAUUUCCCAAGCUGCUUAAAGGCACAGUUAACUUAGUGUAUGUAACUUCUGACCCACUGGAAUUAUAUUAUAGCCAAUUAAAAGUGACACAAUCGGUCUGUAAACAAUUGUUGGAUAAAUGACUCAUGUCAUGCACAAAGUAGGUGUCUUAAACGACUUGCCAAAACUAUAGUUCAAUCUAAUAC